ACUCCAAGGCUGUCACUCCGCGCGGCGGGAGGCUGAGAGGCGGCGGGCAGGGUUGGGGAUGCUCGAGCGGGCGCAAUGGCCCCCGCCAUGCAGCCCGCAGAGAUCCAGUUCGCUCAGCGGCUGGCGUCCCACGAGAAGGGCAUCCGAGACCGGGCGGUGAAGAAGCUGCGCGAGUACAUCAGCGUGAAGACGCAGAGGGAGACAGGAGGUUUCAGUCCAGAAGAACUUCUAAAAAUCUGGAAAGGACUCUUCUACUGCAUGUGGAUGCAGGAUGAACCCCUUCUACAGGAGGAGCUCGCGACCUCUCUUUCCCAGCUCAUCCAUGCUGUCAACAACUCAGAGGCUCAGCACCUGUUCAUUCAGACCUUCUGGCAGACCAUGAGCCGCGAGUGGAUGGGGAUAGACCGGCUGCGCCUGGGCAGGUACCGCAGGCUGAUCCGUCUGGUCCUGAGGCAGUCUUUUGAAGCUCUGAAGCAAAAUGGCUGGGAGGAAAGCCAAAUCAAGCUUUUUCUAGAUAUCCUGAUGAAGGAGAUCCUGCAUCCUGAGAGCCAGGCUCCAAAUGGAGUGAAAUUCCACAUGAUUGAUAUUUAUCUGGAUGAACUGUCCAAAGUGGGCAGGAAGGAGCUCUUGGCAGACCAGAAUCUCAAGUUCAUCGACCCUUUCUGCAGAGUUGCUGCCAAGACAAAGGACCACACACUGGUACAGACUAUAGCUAGGGGUGUUUUUGAAGUCAUUGUAGAUCAGUCUCCUUUUGUACCUGAAGAGACAAUCGAGGAACAGAGAACUAAAGUGGGUAACAGUGGCCUCACUGAAGAAGGGGUACCUGAAAACAAGGUGGCACAGAGAAAGACAAUCAGUGCAGAGAAGACAGCACCGGGCGAACAUCACUCCAGAAAAGAUAGAGUCGUUGAUGAAGGCGAGAGAGACAGCAGCAGAAGCGUGGAGGACCCCAGGCUGCUUCUCCAGUUUGACUAUAAGGCUGUUGCUGACCGACUCCAGGAAGUAACCAACAGGAAAAACAUCCCUCCCUUCAACAGGAAGCGUCUCUCCAAACUAAUCAAAAAAUUCCAGGAGCUCGCUGAAGGUAGUAUGCCUCAACUCAGUUUCACUGAGGACAUUUCUGCUGGUGAAGAUGACCAGACCCUCAGCCCAGGAAGGCCUAAGAAAACAGACAGUAAACUCUCUGAGAAGCCUGGCAUGGAGGAAGAGGCAGGAAACAAGUUCGUUCCUGCUGAGGGAGAGGAGAAUGGAGGCGGCGUUCGGAAGAGGAGGAGGAGGAGGGGGAAGAGCCGCCUCCAGCCUGAACACUUAGGGUCCGCAGAUGGAGUGUCCCCAGAACAGAAUAGAGACAGUGAGCCAGUCGCAUGUCCAGGAAGAGGCCAGGAGCUGAGUGUUGGGGAGCCGGGGGCAGAGGCCGUGCCCCAGGCCCACUCAACGAGGAGGCGGCUGAGGGAACGGAGCCCGAAGGCCUGGGGGGAGGGCACGCCGCCGUGCCACCCAUCCCAUGGGGGCUCUGGCAGUGGUCCCGAGCAGGGGCCUGCACCCCAAGCUUCCCCGGCCGGUGCAGCCCUGAUCCUGAAGAGGAAGAGUAAACUCAGAGCCCUCCCAGUCAACGGCAGCGGCCCGCCCACACUGGCAUGGCCACCACCCCAGGAGGGCCCUCCAGCCAGCCCAGAAGACGGAGGGGAUGGUUCAGCCACCCUGCUGCAUGGCACAAGACUGAAGAAACAGAAGGGGGAGCCCAACGGCCUUGACCUCUGCAACCUGUCCAAUCAGAAAAUUGCCAUCUUGAAAAAGAGGAGGAAAAUGAAAGAGAUGUCUAACUUGGUAGGACACAGUGGUGUGCUGAAGUCCGAAGUCAAGUUCUCCCAGGCUCUGGGGAGCAGUGGGGCCUUUGGCCCUGUGAAGAAGAAGAUGAGGAUGGAGAAUGGCUUUGUGCAGUUCGACACCCCCUUCUUACCAAAGCCCAUGUUCUUUAGAAAAGCCAAGCGCAGGUCUGCUGCCUCUCCCAGCCCUGCCGUGCAGGACUGCAGUGAGGCGUCACAGAGCCUACAGAAAGCACUGGGGUCUCCUGGAAUAAGAGCAGGAACUAAAGAAAACACCAUCCAGUUCCAAGAAAGUCACCUUCGGGCUGAGCAGGAACAUGACGGCAGAGUUCAAGAAGACAGACAAGAGCAGCCUGGUCAGUCCCACGGGCCCCUCCCGAGUGGCCUUCAACCCUGAGCAGAGGCCCCUGCAUGGAGUGCUCAAAACCCCCACGAACUCCCCUGCCAGCGCUCCCCUGGGGAUCAAGAAGCCACUAACCGCCAUGCCAAAGAGGAGGCCAACGGCUAUGGACUUCUUCUAGGAUGGCAGCAGAGUCCUUCUGAAAACUGCUUUUGUACAGUGUUCUAUGAAUCAUAUGUUCACAGAUGUGGGGCCUCUCUGUUGUUUCAGGACCCCACAGACAGUGUACCGGCCUGAGUGGGGGCUGCCGGGGGCUGCCUCCCACCUCAUGGCAGGGCGCAGAACGCAGGGGUGCCCAGGGGAGUUCAGCACGCAGCCGGCACACUGCCUCCGUGAUCAGGGUAUGCAGAGCCGCCCCGGCGCUGUUUGCCGUGCUUGGCUGUCCAGCUGCCCCUAGCCUGAUGGCCUCUUUCUUUGCCAGCACCCAGGGCUGUGUUCCCAUGUUCUGGGGGUGUUUGCCAGCUUGCGAUCAGGAUGAUCCUCAAAGCCAAAUUGGCAGCGCCAUCCUGUCCUGUCCACGUGUCCUCUGCUGGGGGAUGAACCUUCACGUGGGGCAGGGAGAGAGGGGCCCCCGCCCUCAGGGCACUUCUGCCCUGUUUCCUACCUCUCCGGCCACCCCAAGUGUCCUCACUCUGAGAGCCAGCGCCCUCCUCAGCUCUCGCCUCGAACUCUGGCCUGGGCACCGAGCAUACUCAUGCUGUCACUGUGCUCAAUCGCCCUUUAUAUACAAGUGUCAAGCCAGCAACCUAAAUGGCUGGCGUUUCCCAAAAGAACUUUCCCAGCUCAGAUUAAAACUCACUUCUUCGGAGUUAUGGCGACAGUGUCUGUAAACCUGGGUUCCUGCUGGAAGGCGGAACUUGACAGCCUUUAAGAGUUGCUAGUGCAUAUUUGUCAUAGCUACCUAGUCCAAAAUGUCGAAGCUUGCACUUACAGGAUCUUAUUAAGUUCUUAUUUUAGCUAAUUACAAAAUUCGGGGGUGGAAGGCACUCAGACUUCAGUUGAAGAAGCAGAAAUGGAACUUAGAGCCUGCUUGAAAGCUGAUCUUUGGGGAAGCCAUGUCUGCCCAGGACCCAAGUGACAGGUCAGAUGAAGACUCAAAAAUCAGGUGGUCCCCCAAGGAAGGCCACUGGGUCCUUGGGCUCUUUCUUGAGUUUGCACAAUAACAUAAAUGGCAGGCCUGAAGAAAGGAUGUGUAAUUUGGGGGCAUGUCUUUUGGGUUCACAGGUGCUUGGGGAUCUUGGGCCUCCUGGAAGUGGGAGCUGUCUAUCCCCAUCCCCUGUGCAGGAAUCCCAGUUUCUCACCGAAAUCUGGGCCAGCCUUGCUGUGUUGCCCCAGUGGUCCUGGCCACAGCCCUGGGUGACAGGAAGCCUGCUGGGAUUGCAGGGGUCUGUGGACGGACUCGUUCCCUUAGGGUGCAGCUUCGUCUUCCAGGACCAAGGUAGACAGGUGUCAGGGGGCUGACCUGCCCAGAAGGCUCCAGUGAGGAGGAGGUGUUGCCUUUGCACCCUGCCUGCUCUGCAGGAGAGUCGGUCACAGUGAGACCAUGAGAGAAGGAACAGAUGACACCACGCUGUUAAGUGUCACGAGGAGCCUCACAUUAGCGUGUCAUUGAGGGUGGGUUUUAGGGGCUGCACGGGGCAUGGUAUUUACAGUCUCUCAAAACCAGACCUGAUAGUAUGAAAAGACUGUAUCUGAAUACUCAAAUAUUUUUAACUUCAUUUAAAAAAAGGUUUUAUUAUCCUUUGUCAGAUUAUUUUUCUAAAAAUUAUUUCAGCUUUAAAGGUGGGUCAUAUAGCUGAUGGGCCAUGUAACCCAGCCAUGUUACAAUGUCCUAGCAAGACCUUCCAGGGCAAAAUGGCACGUAUGUUCUCUGGAUGAGUGCAGGGGCUUGUCUGCAUAGCGUUUACGUAUCCUCUGUUCUGAGGCGUCAGUGAGCCAGCACCUCCGUUAGCAUCACACCGUGGAUGUGGGCCCAGGAUUGGCAGUGUGCCUUGCGCGUCACCUGUCCUCUAAACCUGCCCCAACGCCCAUUUUAUGGGUGAGUUGAGUUGGUUUACUCUGGCUUUUUUUUAAUGCCUAAAUUUUGGCAACAAGGGAAGAAAAAAAACGAUUUUUUAAAAUUCUCAUUGCAUAUACAAUGUGUCACAUAAAGAAAUGUAUUUAGAAUACCAGUUUUCUAUCUGAUGCUUGUUAUUUUCCUAGGCAAAAACGCCAAGGGCACUUGGAAGCACACAGUUUAAGUUAAUACUGGUGAUCGUACAGCGCUUGGUAAAAUGACCACCCUCCCCCACCCUGUGUGCCUGGUCAGUUUUGUACCCAUGGGCAUCACCUUUUACAAGGAGAUUAUCCUUUCUAACUUUUACUGAACUGAGAGUACAAAGAAUAUUUUAAAAAUCUGGAAGUAGCUGUUGGUGUCAGAAAUAAGAAAUUCAAUCCAUCUUUUUAAUUUUUGUGUGUUUUCCUGAAUUUACCUGACUGCUGGCAAGAAAGUUUGUGAUCGAUUUGCAUUGGUGUCUACAGGACUCUCGGCACUCAUCGAAGCCAAGUCCAAUAAAAAUAAUCAGUCUUUGCCCACA